GAUUCGCCUUUUCUACACAACAAAUUCUGAAAUCUUUGAAGUGCAGAGCAGCAAAUGUGACCUGAAAAUACCUGAUUUCGAAAGCCAAGAGAAAUCAUGAAUCCGAACUACCCUCCGCAAGCCUACUCGGCUGGGAGGCCCAAUGGUGCACCUCCAGGUUAUGGUGGACAACCCAAUCCUGCCAUUCCUGCCCAGCCUCCUCCUAUAGGAUUCAAUCCGGCUCUGUAUCAGCACCCAUCCCAAACUCCAGCCUACUCGUCACAAUCUCCGUAUGCCAGUCAUGUCAGUUUAGCCCCGUCCCCAGCACAGUAUCGCUACCAGCAACCACCACCCAUCUACAGCUCAGCUCCAGCUUACCUAACUCAGGCACAAGCUGUGUCCGCAAUGUCAUACAGCUCUCCAGGGGCAUACACGUACGCUCCAGGACAGCCGACAUAUAUCCAGCAACCAGCUCAGCCUGUUUCCAAUCUGACUGUCGUUCAGCCAGGCAGGAACGUCUAUGUGCCCAAUGCAACGCCUAGCCACCAAAGCAGCUACGACGCAGCAACUCUGGCGGGUCUAGGCUUCGUAGCCGGGGCAGCCUUGGGGAGUGGUCAUCACCAUUACGGCCAUCACGGCUACCACGGUCAUCAUCAUGGCUUCGGUUCUCAUCACAAUCACCAUGGCUUCGGCCACCACUGAUUGGACCCACACCCCUGCUUAUGUUUUUUUUAGACUCCUUGUCCUAAAGAAAAAGAGUGCAGUGAGUAUGUGAUGAUUAGACAAGGUUUGCCUGAAGGAAAAAAAACAGUGGUCGUUUUUUGUUGAUUUGUAGUUAAGCCUUGAUUGGUACUGUCUCCAUUAUAAGUCUUGCAGGUUUUCAAACAUUAUGGGAUACCCUUCUUUGAAAUCAUCGUCGUUUUCACCAAGCUAUGAAUCUGCAUCGUAGCCAUAAAUCCAUGUUUGGAAAACAAAUAUUGCAUCUUUUUCAAAACUGCUGUUUUGGACGCUGCUUUAUUUUUUAUUUUCAAAUUUUAUUACCAACACAAAGUUGUUACACUUCUUUAACAUGCAAAGGCAACUUAGUUCAUUUUAACAGGUCCCAGCAUUGUGAGACUUGCAACAGUGGAAAUUAACUCAUUUAGAAAUCUUUGUGGUUUUUUGGGGGACAAUUUUACAGACCGGCGAAACAGAAACCUCCUGAGCAUAGAAAGUUUCUGUGUUAACCAAAACAGAUUACCGGCUAAAACUCUAUGUGAUAUUCAUCGUAUGUCACUGGCUCACUGCUGAUAAACAUGUUUAGCCAAUAAAUUUGCAAAAUCUUAUGUCAAAGUUCUAAGAACUAUUUUGUUUACCGAUGAAAAAAAUGAGACAGUCUCAAUCAAGGCUUGUUAAUAUUUGGCCCCCUUUUGACGCACUCGGGCAAGGCUGAGGUUUUUAAAAGACGUUCUUUCUCGUAGUCAGUGUUUCAAAUGUAGGCAGCCUUGCCUGAGUGCCCGUGAUUGCCAAAUGUUUGUUGCCAAAGAAAUUGUAAAGGGUUAUUUGCAGCAUAAAAAUUAUAUUGGGACAGAGAUUUAAACAAAUUUUUUGUUUGUUACUGAUGAAAUUAUUGCAUCAGGAAUGGAAGAUCAGUUUGACUUGGUUUUGCUCUACUGAGGGCAGGCACUACUCAAUAACUCUGAUAGUCAGAAGGAUUGGUAAAUAUGCAAACUCCUUUUGACCCUUAGUUGAGGGCGCCCUUCUUCAGUGAUAUCAUAUGCAUGGACCUUAUCGCUAAUACUCGGUAAAUGGUCAUUAGGCGUGGAAUGAGGUGCUUGAUAGUCUAGUCAUCAAGUUUGAUCGUUAGCUAGACCAGCAUGCACCUCAUUCAACAGUUAGCGCAUGCGCAAUGGGUAUUUGCGAAAAGGACUACAGUCUACUAUAUCAAUGUGGGGCAAAACCAAAUUGUAUGAAUUGUUUCUUCGAUAAAUUUUAGAAAUUGGUCACAUAUAACCCAGAGGGUGGUAGUUAGGGAAACUGGACACCCGUAACAAAAUUAAGAUUUUACUAUUAAACGGGGAGGGUUACAGGAGCUGGCUCCAGUUUCAAGAAUUUUUUUACUUUAUUUAUUUUAUUUUGUUUCCCAAAGGAAAAUUUAGGCUUUAUGUUUUGUAUUAUUGGUAUUACAAAGAAAGUUUAUUUGUAACUGGAAACACAUUUUGAAACAUUGUGAACAAGGGACAAGUCUGACAGUUUAUGGAGGCAACGAUAGCAUUUUUCUCCAUGCUCCGCCUGGUCAUUGCCCUUUCAACUUUUCCAGUGCAAAUUGUCAUUUACCUCGAUGAGGUACUCCUUAUAAAUUUUGGUUUGAACCCAUACACGGAAGUGUGUUAGCACUGUAUACUCAGUACUUUCCUUAGUCCUGUGAAAA